GGUGAUUCCCUGCCAGUGCGUUUGCCUUGCAGCGCGGGGGAAAUUAGAGGCUUUGCUCUUGCGUUGCGCAUUAGGAUGGGCUGCAAUCUGUGCACUUUUCAGAAGAGAGAGGAACACUACAAACUGCUCUAUGAAGUUUCACAGGUCAACGGGAAGGAUCUCUCCAAGGCCACUCACGAAGAGGCUGUGGAAGCUUUCCGUAAUGCUAAGGAGCCAAUUGUAGUUCAGGUUUUACGACGAGCCCCCGUCAGCAAAGCUCAUGGUAGCGCUCAGGAUGUUCAGCUUGUGGAUGCUAGCACUCAGACUGACAUCACGUUCGAGCACAUUAUGGCCCUGGCAAAAUUAAGGCCUUCCACACCUCCAGUACCUGAUAUCUGCCCAUUUCUACUUUCAGACAGCUGCCAUUCUCUUCACCCAGUGGAGCAUGAAUUUUAUGAAGGUAAUGAAUAUCUUUCCAGCCUGCCUGCUGAUGCAGAUAGAGCAGAGGACUUUGAGUAUGAGGAGGUGGAGCUGUGCCGCAUUGGCAGCCAAGAGAAGCUGGGGCUGACGGUCUGUUACAGAACAGAUGAUGAGGAAGACACGGGGAUCUAUGUCAGCGAGGUUGAUCCAAACAGCAUUGCUGCCAGAGACGGCCGGAUCCGUGAAGGAGAUCGCAUUUUGCAAAUAAAUGGCCAAGAUGUCCAGAAUCGGGAAGAGGCAGUGGCAUUGCUCUCCAGCGACGAAUGCAAGAAAAUUGUGUUGCUGGUCGCGAGACCAGAGAUGCAGCUGGAGGAAGGGUGGCUGGAUGAUGAAAGGAAUGAAUUCUUAGAGGAGUUAAACUUAGAGAUGUUGGAAGAGCAGCAUAAUGAAGCGAUGCAGUACACAGCCAAUGAGGUGGAGCAGCCAAAGAAGCAUGAAGAAGAAGAUGGCACUACAGACACUGCAACCUCAUCAUCCAAUAACCAUGAGAAGGACAGUGGGGUGGGACCUACAGAUGAAAGUCUGCGUAAUGAUGAGAGCUCAGAGCAAGAAAAUGCACCUGAGGAGCAGAACAGUGCCACCCUGCAGAGCAAACGGGAGCUGGGUCAGAGCCAAGACACAUUAGGAAGUGUUGAACUCCAGUGCAAUGAAAGCUUUGCAUCUGGAGAAUACAUUGAAUCUGAUUUCAUAGGAAACCCAGAUGAGGAAUGUGAAAGGUUUCGGCAGCUCUUGGAACUGAAGUGCAAGAUUCGAAACCAUGGGGAGUAUGAUCUGUAUUACUCGAGCAGCACGAUAGAGUGCAACAGAAGGGAGCAAGAUGGGGUAGAGCAUGAGCUGCAGCUACUCAAUGAGGAGCUGAGGAAUAUUGAACUCGAAUGUCAGAGUAUUAUGCAAGCUCACCGGCUUCAAAAGGUGAGGGAUCAAUAUGGAGACAUUUGGGCUUUGCAUGAUGAAGGGUUCAGGAACUAUAACACCAGUGUCGAUGUACAAAGAGGCAAACUGGAUGAUAUAAUGGAGCACCCCGAGAAGUCUGACAAGGACAGCUCCAGCGCGUACAACACAGCCGAAAGCUGCAGGAGCACUCCACUGACCGUAGAGCGCUCCCCAGAUAACUCCCUCCAGAGGAUGAUAAGCAUCACCAACAGGAAAAACCUGAGGAGCACCAUUGCGGCUAACCAGUUGUCCUCAGGACAAAGCAGCAGGGAGGCAACCUCAUCCAAAACCAAAGUCACUGAACAAAACAAUCCUGCUGAGGACACAGUGCUGGCUUCAGAGAGUGGAAAAUUUACAGACCAAGAAAAGCAGAGCAGUGAGCACAUUCCCUACCUGUCUCCGUAUCACAGCUCUUCUUACAGGUAUGGGAAUAUCCCAGCUCAUGCAAAGCAUUAUCAAAGUUAUAUGCAACUGAUCCAGCAGAAAUCUGCUGUAGAGUAUGCCCAAAGCCAGCUCAGCCUGGUGAGCAUGUGCAAAGACUCGCAGAAGUGUGCAGAGCCCAAGAUGGAAUGGAAAGUGAAAAUAAGGAGUGAUGGGACAAGGUAUAUCACAAAGAGACCAGUUCGAGACAGAAUCCUGAAGGAACGUGCCUUAAAAAUUAAAGAGGAGCGCAGCGGGAUGACGACAGAUGAUGAUACGAUGAGUGAAAUGAAGAUGGGUCGUUACUGGAGCAAAGAAGAGAGGAAGCAGCAUUUGGUGAGAGCUAAGGAGCAGAGGAGGCGGCGGGAGUUCAUGAUGCGGAGCAGGCUGGAGUGUCUUAAGGAAAGUCCACAGAGUGGCAGUGAGGGCAAAAAGGAAAUUAACAUUAUUGAACUGAGUCACAAAAAGAUGAUGAAGAGGAGAAACAAGAAAAUCUUGGACAACUGGAUGACAAUACAAGAACUGAUGACACACGGUGCUAAAUCUCCAGAUGGCACAAGAGUGCACAAUGCCUUUCUGUCAGUUACUACUGUAUGAACACAACUUCUUUCAGAGAGUGUACUACCAGUUUAGGUAGAGUACGAUUGCCUCGUUCAAUGUGGCAUUUUUAUAUAUUUUGUGACUGUUUAUAGUUUGGCUUGUUUUGUAAGCAAGUAAUUU